CUGACACUGUCACAACAAACAAAAAAAAAAAACACGCAAAAUGACCCCAAAUAAGUAAACGUGGGACGGGACGUAAUGUCAAAUUCUUACAACAUCCUUGUUUGCUCUUUGAAAUCAAAACAAGGUCAUGGAAACUUUAAAGAAGGACCGGUGUAAAAUAUAUGUGUAGAGAAAAGAAAUCGCAAUAUUCAUACGGUUCGAUACGCCCAUAAAAUGCAAUAAAUUUUUAAAAAGAAGGAUAUUGCAAUAGGACUUGAAAACGAAAAUAUCGAAAAAGUGAAAAAUCUUUUCGAAUAUAUAAAACCAUACUUCAUAUAGUUUCAUAAAAACACUGACAAUUUUACGUCGAAGUAUUUCCACGCCUAUAAUGGCCACAAGCUGCUCCAAUAUUUACCAACAAAUUUUGUCAGCUUCCAAGUAUAAUUUGCCAAAUAAGAUUUUAGUGUUAACCACGUUCUAUCAACAAUACGCCCCACCUUUUAUUAUAAACCGAUACACAGACCGUGAACUAGACGGCAGUUCAGAAUUGGUUUAAGGAUUGAAAUUGAAUAGCUCAUAGUAAUACAAGAAAAAGAUAAGGCAUCACAUAGGUCUUAAAAACUAAAGUAUAUUUCACACAAGGUCUCUUGCCAACAUGUCUGGCCCAUCAAGUGGUGGUGGUCCAACCGAUGCCAGUGCUGGUGGCGGAGAAGAUGACUCACUGGAAUCUUCUUUGCAGGCAUUUCAAAGCAUGCCAAAAGAUUUUAAUGCAGCUUUGGAAGAUUUUCGAGCCGAUUGGCAAAAGGAAUUGAAACAAAAGCAAGCAGGCGAUGAUGUAGCUAAAAGUGAUGAUGUAGCAGAGGAAGAAAAGGAGGCUAAAGAUGUUGUAGGUCCCCUGGUCGUUCCAAAAGAAACUUCUGAUCAGGAUGCCUUGGCAAAAAGUUAUUUUCAUAAAGCUGUUGAAUUGGAAAAACGCGGCAAAGUCUAUGAUGCCAUACCAUUUUAUCGGAAAGCAUUGCAAAUUGAGCCUAACGUUGAAUUCACCUACUAUGAACAACAAAAACUCAAGAACAAUGCUCAGCAACAAAUCAAUAUUAAGAAUGCAGAACAUAACCAGAAGUCGUUGGAUAGCCAGGACGAUCUGGCGGAUGAAGAUAUAAUUGAUGAUUUAUAUGAAAAAUUCCAAGCUGAUUUAUCGCACAACCACAACGGCAAAUUGAUACUAAGUAGUCGCGAUCCUGGAGUAAUUACCACGGAAAUGCAUAUUUCCGAAUUACCACCAGAAUUGCUAUUGUAUAUAAUGCGUUGGGUUGUAUCCUCUCAGUUGGAUAUGCGUUCAUUAGAACAGUGUGCUGCAGUCUGCAAAGGAAUGUAUUUGGUGGCCAGAGAUGAAGAGCUUUGGCGUUCAGCAUGUGUCAAAGUCUGGGGACCCAAUGUUGGCACUCUAACUCAUUCCGAAACAGAUGAGGACAAAACUACACCAUUAGACGGACAAUGUCCAAUAAUACCCAAAUAUUCUAGUUGGCGGCAAAUGUUCAUUGAACGCGAACGUGUGCUGUUCAAUGGCUGCUAUAUAAGCAAAACCACAUACGUUCGAAUGGGUGAAAAUAGUUUCCAAGAUCAAUAUUAUCGUCCGGUGCAAUUAGUGGAAUAUUAUCGUUAUAUACGCUUUCUACCUGAUGGUACUGUUUAUAUGAUGACGAAUGCCGAUGAACCGCAACAGGGUGUGACACGUUUAAGAAAUCUUCAGCAAUUACGUCCGGAUAUUUUGAAAGGUCGCUUCCGCCUAUUUGGUAGUACACUUACAAUUGUCUUGGGCAAACAACAGUCCCAAACUACAAAGUUCAUAACCAGUACAAACGUUGGUGGCUACAAUAGGCAUAGACGUGGAAGUUCGGUAUACGACGAUGCUGCAUUAAACAGUACUAAAUAUUGCAUUGAAUUUCGUAUAUUGAAUACAUCAAGGCGAAAAUUUGCCCAAUUGGCAUGGCUACGUUAUUCUGUAGUCCAAGUACGUAAUAAACAUGAAACAACUUCUGAAUUUGAUCUAACACCAUCUAAGUAUCCGCCAUUGUGGUUUUCACCGGUGCGCAGUUAUCAUUUGGUGGCAGAUAAUCCACUUAUAUAAAUUGUUGAAUAAGAAGGAAACGAGGAAAUAAAAAAUGCAACAGCUUUAUGAAGAGUGAUUUUGUUAAAAUUAAUAUAGUUUUAAGCUUUAAUACAUUUUUUGGUCCGGCGUAUAUAAAUUUAUAACUUAACUGUCGCUAUAACUAUUUUUCUCUCUACGUGUAUAUAUUUUGAAAUAAAACUGAAGAAUUAUUAAAAUGAAUAAUAGAAA